AUGAAGUCUUCUCUCCUCACCGUUUUCGGCCUUGUUGCUGCCGCCGCUGCCCAGAGCUCCGGCGACCUGCCCCAGUGUGGUCAAACUUGUGCUGGCAACAUGGUCAGCGCUGCCAAGUCCAAGGAGCUUGGAUGUGACGCUGGUGAUGUUAGCUGCCUGUGCACCAACCAGGACUUCAUCUACGGUCUCCGUGACUGCUCCGCUGCUAUCUGCAACUCCGAGCAGGCCGCUGCUGUUGUCGCCUACGGCCUUGCGCUCUGCCGCCAAGCUGGUGUCCAGAUUACUACUGGUAGUGCUGGCUCCGUCUCGGCCUCUGCUACUGGCACUGGUGCCGUCCGAACUGUCCUCAGUACCCUUGUUGAGAGUGACACUACUAUCACCUCCGCCGUUUCCACCAUCAGCGGCACUGCCACUGGCGGCAACGAGGAUGACCUCUCUGUCAGCACUUACACCAGUGUUUUCACCAACUCUGCGGGUGAUGAGGUUACCAGCACCAUCAAGGAGAUCCUCGGCGGUGUCGCCCUGACCACCUACACCUCUGGUGGAUCCACCAUCAUCGAGCCCAUCGAGACCGCCUCUGCCUCUGCUUCCGCUUCUGAUGAGACCGAGUCCGCUCAGGUCACUACCUUCACCACCGACGGCACUGCUGUUGUUCGAACUCUGACCACCGUUACCACCGGUUCUGAGACCGACUCUGCCGACUCUGCUGAGGUCACCACAUUCACCACUGAUGGCACCGAGGUCGUCCGAACUCUGACCACCGUUACUACCGGUUCUGAGUCCGAGUCUGGAUCUGUUUCGGAGACUGUUACUGACGCCUCCACCGUCACCGAGGGCUCUGACACUGCUACCGGCACUGAGGCGUCGGCCAGCGCUUCUUCUACCGAGACUGACAACGCUGCUGUUGCUCAGAUGACCGGUGCCCCCAUGGGCGUCAUCGCCGCUGCUGGUCUCGCUAUGCUCCUCCUCUAA